AAAUACCCAGCGCUUCUUCGGGUGAGCAUGUUCUACUAGAAAAAAAGUACAUCGUAUGGAGGUAGAGAUGAAAGCAAUUCAGUUCGUCGCUUCUGCAAUCCGUAUAGCUAUCGUUGUUUUCUUUCACAGAAUCAGAAGAUGCGCAGUAAAUACUCGUCCUUCGUUUCUUCCAAGAUGUCGACUUCGUUUCAAUUUCGUCAAGCUGAAGCACUCUACAGAUUUCAUUAGGCAGAAAAAUUCGGGUCGAUUGGGGUCGUGCGCGACGUAGAUAGAUCCUGCGAAAGAGCGAGGGUGGGAUUGUGUUGUCGUAUGGUCGUGGCACGAGAAUGACCUCCACUUUGUACUUUUCAUUUUUUUUCUGCCACGAAAACAAUUUCUCAUGGUCUUUUUUCAUCUAUUUUCCGGUCGUCGUAAAAACAAGUAUAGAGAAGUGCAGAUAACUCUUGUUCAUCAAAAUGGCGGCCCCUUCGUGGCGCCCGUACACGCAUUUUACCUCACCCGACACGCCAAAAACGUUCAAGCGUGACUUUGUGACGGGCAGCGACUAUGUUGGUACUUCCGUCGGUUGCAAUGCAAUCCAAACUUAUGACGGGCAGAUCGGACUCCGGAAACCCUACCCCGCGGGAACGUCGGUAUUGUCUUGGAACAUUGCGUAUUAGCCUAAGCCUUAGUAUGCAUCAGAGUUUUUUACCUUGAUGAUGUUCCGGGCUACGCCGCUUGUCUACAUGAAAUCUCUUUAUGAUGAUAUGCGUCGCUACAUCAAAAGCAAAACGCCGCACAAUGAAAGAGCCAAAACGAAAACCAGGUUCGCGUCACAUCCUUCUAUGGCAAGACGGGCGUUCGUUCCUUCCGAACAGAGCAGGGGUUCAAGGAUUUGAUGGGCGUACCCACGUACACGGAAAAACACCCGAGGAAAGAGAGGUCACCGAAUCCAAGGGGAAAAACGCCAAGAAUAGUCACACCGGUAUUUUCGAGAAGUAGAACAAGAAGAUGACGUUGCCGUUACUGAUUUGUGAGGAAGGUGCACGAAGACAAGAAAAACGCUGCCUAAUUUGUUCGAUGUAGAUCGAGAUGUUGAGACUUAGUCAGAAAUACAUUCAUACAUUUCACAGACCGCCACGCCAGAACCAGAGUUGUAUCUGCAUCCGUUUACGCAGCCAGAUUUGAACGACCCGCGAUUUGACACCCCAGGCAUGUACAAAACAAGUUACAAGCGCGACUAUUUGCAACCGGGUUCGAACGUAGCCAGGCCGGCAGGGAAGAGUUACUUCCGCUUGGGAUGAAAAAAAUCUUACUCACCAGGAAUAUUUCGAUUUUCACAACAACAUCUUUUGAUGACACUGUAUCCAAUGAACACAACGCCAGGUUUUGCUUUUCAACUGUGAUGACGUGUAUCUGUAGUUCAGCUGCAUCAAUUUAUUUCAACGUGCACCGACUAUCAAGCCAAAGCAUUUUAGAAACAUUCGCAAUUCGCAAGCUUUUCGUGGUUGAUUUUCGAUCAAUAUGACACUGUAUGGUGCAGCGUCUACUGGUGUCGCGAUAAGAUGAGUUACUAGUAAGACUGACAGCAAUCUGCUGCAACGAAAAGGAUGUAAAAUUGUAACAAACUUCGUGCUCUAGCUUUGAUUUAUGGUCCUAGCCACUGUACAAUUGGAAUCGUGCAACCGUCC